AUGGGCUUAGCAUUAGAAAAGUGUUGCUGCUUCAUACCCCUUCGUAUAGGGACCUUCAUUAUAGCACUAUGGUUUUUUAUUGUAUAUCUAAUCGACGCAAUAACAGGCUUUCUAGGAGUCAAUUGUAAGAAUAAACAACAACCUUUGAAGAGGAUUGCUAUUAACACUUAUUGUAAAACAGCUGUGAUAGUUUAUUCAGGGCAAACUGCCAAAGCAUGGUACUACAUAAAUUUAUUAUUUACAGUGCUGCUGUUUGUCGGUGGUUUCGCUGGUAUUAUAGGUUCUUUAAUUGCGCAACGGAAAUCAGCAAAAUUCUUUAGCGUUGUUGUUUGGAUCAGCUGCGCUGUAUCCUUCAUAAAAUACUUAAUUUCACUGGUUUUGAUGAUUGUGUAUCGUCAAAAUAUGAUCAACACUUGUAUUCGAUCAGGACUUGUCGGUAUUGGAAAUGCACAAAGUGGCCUUUUACCUACUACCAUUUCUCUCAAUGGUUAUUAUACACCAGUUAAAUACCCCAACACCCUCAAUGCUCAUGCUACAUCCAUGGAAAAUUGCGAACAAUCAGUAAAGACAUUGAUCAUUCUAUGGGGUGUAAUUGUAUUUGUCGUGCAAAUAGUUCAGGUCUACUUUGCAUCGGUUGUUGGCGUGUAUGCCGCCAGACUCCGAAGUGGUGCUCGCCAUCAUAGACUUCAUGAUCAACAAAUCAAAGACUUUGAAGAAUCAAGAUAUCAUAUGUCAACAGUUUACUGA